AGUGUCAGGAUUAUGAUGACUAAUGCCUUUAACCAGGGUAAUCAGAGGAAAUCCUAUCACACAGCUCUGCUGCAGCUACGUUUAAUCAUGGCUGUUUCAAGAUCAUUAUGUGGUUUCCUGGCUGGUAUUCCAUCAGUAACGCUACAAAAGGCUUUCAGUGUGUCAGCAUCUGCAGCAGCCAUUCAGAAAUUGACAAGAGUGCGAGUUGUGGAUAACAGCCCCCUUGGUAAUACUCCACACCAUCGUUCUCCUCGAGUCAUUCAUGUAUACACCAAGAAUGGCUUUGGAAAGGUAGGCGACCGGGUUUUACUUGCCAUCAAAGGACAGAAGAAGAAAGCUCUGAUUGUUGGGCAGAAAAUGCCUGGAGAGCGGAUGAGUCCACGUUUUGACUCAAAUAAUGUUGUUCUUAUUGAAGACAAUGGCAACCCCACAGGAACUAGAAUUAAGGUUCCACUACCAACGCAUCUGCGCAAAAUGGAAGGAGAUUAUUCCAAACUGUUAGCAAUUGCUAAUAGAUUUGUCUAGAAACACAGGAAGCUUCUCUUGGAAUAUGUCAUACAAUUUAAUCAGAUGUUUCUAACGUAAAUUCCCUGUCAUGUUUAUGGUUCAUCAUGCAGAUAUGCACAUGUAUAUUGACUGUUCAUUUGUCAAAUUUCUUGAUAAAUAAAUUGAUCUAAUCUCAUAGAAGGUUCUGUUUAAAUUUCUGUUUUAGUUUAACUAAUCUAGGGCGUUUGGUCACUUGUGUGUAAUGUGAUGCCUACAUUUGUUCUUUCACUCAAACACCGUCCCUCUUGCAGGAAAACUACAAUAAAGUCACGGUGACUUUAACCCU